AUGAGUGGGGCAGCCAUUACGUGGAGGUCGCAGAAGCAACCCACCGUAGCUCGCUCUAGUGUAGAAGCAGAGUACUACGCAAUUGCGGAUGCUGUCUCCGAGAUGCUCUGGCUCAAGCAGUUCUUCAAUGAACUUGGUUUUGAUUUUGCCAGCAUUGCAAACAUCUCCCUCUUCUCUGACAGCUCCGGCGCUCUAGCGGUUGCACAAGAUGCGGCUACUAGUCACAAUCGCCUGAAGCACAUAGAUAUCCGACACCAUUUCAUCAAGAAGCACCUUCAGGACUUGAAGGGCAUCUUAUCUGUAGUCAAGGUUCCUACAGCAGAUAACGUUGCAGAUCUGCUAACGAAAGCGCUGGCAAAGGAUCAGCAUAGAUACCUUGCAUCUCGCAUGGGAGUGGUGGACCUCGCAGCAGCAUCUCGCGUCAGCACAUAG